AUGGACAAGCUGCCCGUAGAGAUCCUCACCAAGAUCAUCGACUACCUCAGUCCAAAGGAACAGGUCAAGUUACAGCUCGUCUCACGACGAUUCUUUACGCUAUCCCGUGACAACAAUCUUUGGAGGCUUCACUGCUACGAGGGCUCAUGGCGCGCCUCAGAAAAUGCCUUCUCCAACGGGAGGGCAUCCGGGAGCUUACCGGUGUCGUCAGUCGCAUCCCUUAGUUCGUUGGGACCUGGCACCCUUCGCGACUUGAUCCAGCCACGUGUUGAAUCCAUCAAUCGAGCCGCUGACGAGUCAGGCGAUAGCCAGAACGCCUCUCACAGGCCUUCCCUGGGAGAGAGGUACAGAGCAGCAGCGGAAUGGGACCCUUCGUAUGAAACCGAAGACGUGGACUGGUAUUCUGAAUAUAUCGCACGCCACGGCCCUAUCUCUUUCAGCUGGCUGCAACAACCUUCUGUGGCCACAGGUCGUUCGACAAAUGGACAUUCCAGUGACGUCAAAGGGGUGGGAUUGCUUAGGGACUGGAGCUCUGCCAGAGAAGAUAAGGUUGUAGCCCCGUUGGAGGAUGGCAGUGUUUGUAUAUGGGACCUGAAUCACUCCCGCACUAGCACCUCGCAGACUACCAAAGGGAAGGUCGCAGGAGUCAGCAGUCCGGGCAUUCUUUUCGCUGAUUUGUCGGGAAGAAGCGAGAAGUCGUCUGCCCAAAGUUCGUCAUCAGAGUUUCUGAACGUUGUGGAGGGUGUGAGUGUCGACUCUAUCCGUAAACGGGCCUAUAUUGCCGUCGGUAACAUUCUCAACGAAGUGGACUUGGAAACCUUGCAAGUGAUCUCUCAGGAGCGAUAUGCAUGGCCGAUUUUCGCCCUGUCGCAGGAAACAGACUACUCUGUGCCGCUUACUUUGGCCACUUCGCAGAGCCUUCAGAUUUACGACUCGCGACUGCCGAUGCGUGAAGAGGAGGCAGAAAUCGGUCUCCGGUGUGAAAAGGAGCCUGUGCAAUUUCUCCCCAACUCAAAUCUAUAUAGUCAUCCUGAUUGUCACGUCCUCCAGCUGCAACCGAAUGGCCAGCCACCUCAUCAGAUACGAAGUCCGGAUCCGUUGGAAAAGGGGGCCAACUAUGCUCCUCUCUUCCAGCCCAGUCCACUGUCAAUCCUGCAUCCUCCUACUCCGCAUGUCAAUACGAUUCUUCUCGCCGGGCGGUUUCCUAGCAUUCUCUGCUAUGACCGGCGGUCCUUUCCCCGAUUACAGAACGCCGUCCACUCGGGUGCCCGGCUCUGCGGCCUAGCCUCGGUUCCUGCGCCAAAUUUCCCGGUUCCGUCGGACUCUCACUGGUCGAGCACGCAUACCAUUGUCGCGUGUGGUGAAUACAACGGGAGAGGCUCAUUAGAGCUGUACAAGCUGUCAUUUUCCGGAUCUGAUCCUCAGGAGGAAUCUGCCAGCUCAUCCUUCAAUCAAUCUACAGUUUAUCAAAAUCGCCAGAGUGCUGCAAGUUCCAAGUUGCUGUCUGUGGCGUCCCAUGGUGUCCGCAUCGUCUUUUCCGACGCGGGUGGUAAUAUCAAGUGGGUUGAGAGGGAUGGGCGGACCGAGGUUCGUCGCUGGAACAUCAACACGGAUCGAAAACGCUCGGCGGCUGCCAGCGUUGAUGGCUCUUCAGAUGCGAACAGCCCAUCGGGCAUGUUUCUGUCUUCUGACACUGGCGGAAGCAGUGACGUGGCUCGCAAAAUCCUUCCUACAGAUGCUAAUCUCACGGGCGACGAGCUCCUCAUCUGGACCGGGGAACGGAUUGGACGGCUGAGAUUCUCUCAUGACGGAGAUGCGGAAUCCGAGGAGGAGGAGGAGGACGAGGGUGAUAAGGAGGAGCGGCGGCGCGAACAGGAGUACUCUCGGAUGAUCCGAAGAGCGCUGGAGAGACAGGCCGAUGAGGGUUCUAAGCUGUCCUUCUGUACUCGUAAGAGACAUGCUGAAGUGAUGCCGGCAGUGAUGGAUAAGGGUUUACAAUUUGACCCGAUUGAAGAUGCGGUAGCAGCAUUCAAGAACGGCGAAUUCGUAAUUGUCCUCGAUUCGCAGGACCGUGAGAAUGAGGGCGAUCUUAUUAUAGCGGCGGAUUCGGUUACGGAAGCCAAGAUGGCUUUCAUGGUGCGGUACUCGAGUGGCUACAUUUGCGCUCCUAUCCUCCCCGAUCUCGCCGACCGUCUGUCCCUGCCACAGAUGGUGGUCGACAACACCGACCCGAACCGCACUGCAUACACAAUCUCGAUCGACUCGAACGACCCCUCCGUCACGACGGGGAUCUCCGCCCACGAUCGAGCCCUGACCUGCCGGCAGCUGGCCGACCCAAACGUCCGAGCCGAGCACUUCCGCCGCCCAGGACACAUCCUGCCGCUGCGGGCACGAGUCGGCGGCGUCCGUGAGCGGAGAGGACACACCGAGGCCGCAAUCGAUUUCUGUCGCCUGGCGGGCAAACCCCCGGCGGGCGUCAUCGGAGAACUCGUCGAAGAAGGCGAUCUGGUCGAAGGCGUGGCCGAGCUGCGCGGCAACACCGGCAUGAUGAGGCGGGACGCAUGCCUGAAAUUCGGCAAGCGGUUCGGCCUGAAGGUCUGCACGAUCGAGGAUCUGGUCGCGUAUCUGGAGAAGACGGAUCCUGUUGUCGUUACCAAUGGGAAGCACUGA